GCUGUCUCUCAAAAAGGUAAAGAAUCAACAGAUGCCCAUGCAAGCACAUCUGAAGGUCCUAACGUAGCUGCUGUUCUCAUUUGGGCACAGAGCAGUUGUUUAAAACGCCCCAGGAUAGGAACAAGUCACCAGGAAGCUGGAACUCAAACAUCCCUAACUGAAAAGGAAAAAGCCCAUGUGUCAGAAAGCAGGCCAGAACUUCCUGCCUACACAUCUGGAAGCUCUGAAGAUGUCUUAAAAGUACCUGAGGAGGAUACUGUUGAGGAGGCUGAGGAAAUGAUUGUUGAAAAUAAGGGCCAGUCUGUAUCAGAAGCAGAGCUACAUGUAUCACCCCCUGAGAAACAGAGUGAGAAAGAGGAAACUCCAUCAGAACCUCUUAAUGGUGAGGUGACAGAAGAAACUGCCAAAACCUCCCUUACAGCUGAAGAGGAAACAGGAGAUGAAGUUCUAAGUGAUGAAUCAAGUUUGCAGUCUGAGAUUCAAGGAAGCAGAACUGUAAUGCCAUUUGUAAUGUCAACUCUUGAGUCUCCUGCAAAACCGUCAGAAGACACUGUAUCAGAGAAGGUUUUAAAUGCAAAUGAUUCAGAAGUGCUGACUGAGGAAGGUGCAACAGUAGAGCAGAAGGGCACUGAAGAAGAGCAAGAAUCUGAAAAGAUCAUCAUUGAAAGUGCAGCUGCUUCAGCAUCGGAGGAAGAGCCCUCUGACAGUGGCCUGCCCCACUGUGAAGUGGCAGAUGAUAGUGUUUUUGAAAGUGUAUCACCCAAAACAUCUUCCUCAUUGGAAGAUCAAAAUGAGGAAGCAGAGCACAACUCACAGGAGGCCUCUGUUGCCUUGAGUCAGAGCUCAUUGAUAGUGGUUGAACUUGAGGGUGUUCCUUUUCAGCAGCCUUCUGGACAGGAAGGACAGAAGAACCAGUUGGAAGAACACUCAGAAGAGCCUGAGCAGAUGGAUCAGUACACACAGACAGCAGUGGAGCGGGCUGCUGACAGCAGCUCUGAGGAAGCAGAAAUUGAGGUUCCUGUUGUAGAUCGGAGAAACUUGCGAAGAAAGGCCAAAGGCUACAAAGGUCCACCUAAGAAAAAAGGAAAACCAGCUUAA